AGGCUUCGAGAGCGAAGAGCCACCUGCGACUGCAGCUCCCAGAGUUCCCCGCGCGGAAGGAGGACUUCGGGCGAGAGCAGCGGCGGGAAGAGGAAGCGGCGGAGUGCGGACGGACUACAUCUCCCGCCGUCACCCGCGCGAGGGAGGUUUAUGGGGGGCUCCAUGGAGGCCCCCGCGGCGGCCACCUUCACGCUGGCCUACCUGGUGAUGGCCUUCUGCUUCGUCUUCCCUCCCUGCGAGUUCCACCUGGCCGGCCUGACGGUGCAGAACCUGCUGGGCAACUGGCUGGGCAGCGAGGACGUGGCUUUCGUCCACUACCACCUGCGGAGGGGCACCGGCACCCUCCUGGCCCACGCCGCCCUGCCCUUGGGCUACUACUUUGGAAUGUGCUUUGCGGCGCCCGAAAAACAGCUGAGCACCAUCUCCGAGGCGUCAGAGCUGUGGAAAACUUUCUUCGUGGGAGCCGUCCUCCUCCUGAUCCUCGCAGUCACCUUCGCCUUCCUCUGGUCUCGGGACGGCUGGUCCCGCCACCCGCUGGUCCAGAACCUCUCCUGCUACGCCCUGGCACCCCACGGCACCUGGCAGACCGUGGCCUCCUCCAUCGACACCGAAUUCCGGCGGAUCGAUAAGUUUGCCACGGGGCCGCCGGGGGGCCGCCUGAUUGUGACCGACAGCUGGAUUAUCAAAGUGACCACCUACUCCUUCCACGUGGCCCCACAAAGGGACAUCCAGAUGUCCGUCAUAGCCUCGAGGCAGCAGGAGAUCUUGCCGGAGGCUGGCAUGCCGGCUCAGUUCCUCACCAUCCGCGUGGCCAGCGUCAAUCCCCACGUCAAACCCUUCGACAUCCGGCUCAACUCGUCGGAAUACAGGGAGCUGCAGGACAAGCUCCGGGCCCCGAUCCGUAACGCAGCCAACGUGGUCAUCCACCAGACCCUGAGUGACCUCUUUCUGGAGACCUUCAUCUCCCUGGUGGAGAAGAACCCUCCUUACCUGGUUCCCAGUGACCAGGAGCUGGACCUCUGCAUCGGCUGCAUGCAGUCCCCGGCCAACGUCAAACUGCUGAAGAACUGCGACGAGCCGGACGAGGGCAUAUGCCAGCUCUGUUUCUGCUACCCCAUGUGGUGCCUGCUCUGCAUGGGCAAAUGGUUUGCCAGCCAACAGGACCAGCAGCACCCGGAGACCUGGCUCUCCAGCCACGUGCCUUGUCCCACCUGCCGGGCCAAAUUCUGCAUUUUGGACGUCUGCUUCUUGGAGUGACGGGGAGGCGCGCAGAGAGACAAGAGGAGAGGAAAUAUGCAAUCGACUGCAGCGUUCGUGGUCUUAUAGCUCCUGGGAUUGUCUUUGCAGGAUAGAUAUUUCCAUAAUCUCCCCCUUUUUGAUGCCUUUUCAAACCCCAUUCCGUUCUUCUCUUUUUGAAUGCGGAGUUUUAAGUCUCCAGUAUUUCACGAGCGCCGCCCCUUUAAAAUGGGUGGACUUCAACUCCCAGAAUCCCUGGAGUUGAAGUCCCUCCCUCUUAAAGGGGCCGAGCUUGAGAAACACUACUUUAGAAUGCCAAGUCAAAAACAAGGUUUUUUUUUUUCUUCGCCUCCUAAAUCGGGACUGGAUUUGGUGAGUUGUUCCACACUCUGCCUUAGUCCGCAAUUCCCUUUUUUUUUUUUCAAACUUUGUAAUCCUGGAAACAGGAAUGACGGCGACGGACUCGCUGCGACAAACUCUUAACGUUCUCAUGCACUUCUCGGAUUCAGACCACGUCUGCAAAUCCUCUCUUAGCGGCAUUAAAAGAUAGAUCUCUCUAUCUAUAUAUAUAUGUAGGAUGAUUAUCUAAAUUAUUGCAGUGUUUCCGGAGAGUUUUUCUCGGGAAAGGAAACGGAUUAACAGCCUGGGAACUGGUGGGAUUAAAAAUCACUUUUUUUUUUAGUGAUUUAUGAAGGCUGAACUUUGGGUGGAAAAAAAAAAGGGAGAAUGAUAUACUUGAAAUUGUCUUUUUCUGACGGUUUCUUAACUCGGGUUCACCAAGUGUAUUAUUCAGUCGGUAUCCUUUGCAAAGGGCAAAUGGAAGUGAAAUUCCUUUAUUAGUACAACAAAUACAAGGCAACAAUUGUUUGUCAGAGAGAUGAAUUUAAGUUUGAGCUGAAGUUGAGUUUUUGAUUAGUUUCUAUUUGUCUUUGGGUUGAGAUAGGCGGGUCUAAAAAUCUCAGGAACUUGAAAAUAGGUGGACUUCACUCCCAGAAUCCCCCAGCCAGCAUGCUUUAAGUCUGGGAGUUGUAGUCCACCCCUCUUCAAGUGCCAAGUUUGAGAAACAACAUGCUUAUUAUCUCAAGCAAAGAAACUCAUGAGAUUUUUAAAGUGCCCCUUAAGUGCCAGCUUCCCCCCCCCCCCCGUCUCCUCCACAAACAUCCUUGUAACUUUUAAUUAAUUUAUUUUCUUUAAUUUUUUUAAAUAAUCAGUUCAGUUCCUGUCCGGUUUUUUUCCCCACACACGCGCACACCCCAAAUUUCAUGAAUUCACCUUCGGUCUGGAGGAGGCACGCCAGCAAAAAGAUGUUGGUUUCGCAAAUGCAGCUGGUUAUGUGAAAAUGGGGCACAAACUGCACCUUAGAAUUACACACCUAGGUUUCCCCCAGGUGUGUAGACUUUAAUUCCCAGAAUUUCCCAGGCUGUACAAACGCUGCUGAGAAUUCUGGCUAAACCUAGUUGUUUUAAAUCACACCCCCCCCCCGCCCCCUGGUUUGUACAAUAGAACAGGAGAAAUUUUUAUUUGAAGAAGUGAAAUAGAACUUAUUAAACUUAUUAAAAAUGAAUAAUUUCAGUUGAGAAUUUUUUGGAAAGUAUUAUCCAGUAUUAUAUUUACGAGCGAUCCUGUUUGUUCUACCGAAUAAAUUUUUUUGCCACUUUGA